ACUAGGCUCCUCUAAAUAAAGAAGCAGGCGUCCAGUUUCCUGCAACUAAAACAUGUCAUGUAUCCAGAGAAACUGGAUUGCAAACCUUUCCUUUUGGGUCCACUUCCUUAAUAUCCAGGCGUUCUGCUAUGGUAGAAAUCCUCCACCGGGCAGAUUUUUCUUUCCAGACAAGAGGCAAGAUAAUUUUAUCAAAACAUUGCAAGAAUACCAAGUGGUCAGUCCAGCAAAAGUCAAUUCGGAUGGUCAUUUUCUCUCCUACAGUUUAGACCAUCAUGCCUCUAAUGUCAGGAGGAAAAGGGACUUCCGGAGAAAGGAGAACAGAGUUUAUUAUAAAAUUAAGCACAAGGAGAAAGAUCUCUUCUUUAACUUGACCCUCCAUCAAGGGUUGCUAUCCAAUAAUUAUAUUCUGGAAAGGCGAUAUGGCAACUACACUGAUGCAAAGAUCGUACCUCAUCUAGGAACUUCAUGUCAUCUUGUUGGGACAGUAUUUCAGACAAAUUCCAGGAAUGGGAGGGCAGCGAUCAGCACGUGCAAUGGGCUAACUGGAUACUUCCAUCUGCCUGAUGGAGACUACUUCAUUGAACCAGUGAAGAAAUAUCAAUUGGAAGAAUGGGCUUAUCAUCCACAUAUAAUCUAUAGGACAAACAUCUUUCAGAAGAGUUUGAGGAAACGGCGAGACACCAGUAUGAAGAAGAAACAUACUUGUGGAGUGAAUGAAACUUUGAACUUUUUCAAACAGCAAGAGCUUCGGCGGGAGAAAUGGGAAAGGAGCCGGAUGAUGGUCAAAGCAACUUCCAGGCGCUCCAUCAGCAAAGAACGAUGGGUGGAGACUCUGGUGGUCGCCGACAGCAAGAUGAUUGAAUAUCAUGGAAGUGAGAAUGUGGAAGCCUAUAUCCUCACCAUCAUAAACAUGGUGGCGGGGUUGUUCCACGAUCCGAGCAUUGGAAAUGCAAUCCAUAUUGUGCUGGUUCGUCUUAUUCUUCUCGAGGAAGAGGAGCAAGGACUGAAAAUAGUUCACCAUGCAGAUAAGACACUAGCCAGUUUUUGUAAAUGGCAAAAGAGUAUCAAUCCCAAAACGGAUGCCAACCCAUUGCACCAUGAUGUGGCUGUGCUUCUGACCAGAAAAGACAUUUGCGCUGGCAUGAAUCGUCCAUGUGAAACGCUAGGUUUGUCCCAUCUCUCUGGAAUGUGCCAACCUCAUCGGAGCUGUAAUAUCAACGAAGACUCUGGCCUACCUUUGGCAUUCACAAUUGCACAUGAACUCGGACACAGUUUUGGUAUCCAGCAUGAUGGAAAGGAGAAUGACUGUGAGCCAGUAGGAAGACGCCCGUACAUCAUGUCCCGGCAACUACAGUAUGACCCCACUCCGCUCACCUGGUCACGAUGCAGCAAGGAAUACAUCACACGUUUCCUAGACCGAGGAUGGGGCUUUUGCCUGGAUGAUGUUCCAAAGAAGAAAGAUCUAAAGCCACCUUUCAUUGCACCUGGAGUGAUUUAUGAUGUGCACCACCAGUGCCAGUUACAAUAUGGACCCAAUGCAACGUUCUGCGAUCAAGUGGAUAAUAUUUGCCAGACACUAUGGUGCUCCGUGAAAGGAUCCUGUCGGUCAAAACUGGAUGCGGCAGCAGAUGGAACAAGAUGCGGAGAGAAUAAGUGGUGCUUCUCAGGUGAGUGUAUAACAGUUGGCAAGAGUCCUGAAGCAGUUAAUGGUGGAUGGGGAUCGUGGUCGUCCUGGUCACACUGUACGCGGACAUGUGGAGCUGGCAUUCAGACUGCUGAGAGACAGUGCAGCAACCCAGAACCACAGUUUGGAGGGAAGUAUUGCACAGGAGAGAGAAAGCGCUAUCGUAUGUGCAACAUUAAACUGUGUCCCAGGGCUAUGCCAAACUUUCGUCAAAUGCAGUGCAGUGAGUUCAAUACAGUUGCCUACAAAAAUGAAUUCUACCAGUGGACUCCAAUCUAUAACACAGCUAACCCUUGUGAGCUAUAUUGCCGCCCUGAAAACAACCACUUCUCAGAGAAAAUGCUUGAUGCUGUUAUUGAUGGUACACCUUGUUUUGAAGGAAACAACAGCAGAGACGUCUGUAUUAAUGGCAUGUGUAAGACUGUUGGCUGUGAUUAUGAGAUAAAUUCCAAUGCUACUGAAGACCAGUGUGGAGUUUGCCUCGGAGAUGGUUCCUCUUGCCAGACUGUGAAGAUAACAUUCAAUCAAAGUGAAGGAUUCGGUUAUGUGGAUAUUGGCCUGAUUCCAAAAGGCGCGAGGAACAUCAAGGUGAUCGAAGUGGCAGAAGCAGGGAACUUCCUUGCAUUACGGAGCAAAGACCCAGAAAAAUAUUACCUAAAUGGAGGGUUUAUUAUCCAGUGGAAUGGAGACUACAAAGUGGCAGGAACAGUAUUCCAAUAUGAGAGGGAAGGAGACCUGGAAAACAUCACUGCUCCUGGACCCACUAACGAAUCACUGUGGCUGCAGCUCCUUUUUCAGGAGAAUAACCCUGGCAUUAAGUAUGAAUAUACUGUCCGGAAAGACUGGAGCUUUGAGAAUGAAGUGGAAGAGCUGGAGUACUUCUGGCAAUACGGAAGCUGGACAGGUUGCAGCGUGACAUGUGGCAGAGGUCUCCAACGGCAGACUGCCCGCUGUGUGAAAAAGGGGAGAGGUGUGGUGAAAAAUGUAUUUUGUGAUCCAGAAACACAACCAAAUGGAAAACAAAAGAAGUGCAUUGAAAAGGACUGCCCGCCAAGAUGGUGGGCAGGUGAAUGGCAGAAGUGUUCAACCACCUGCGGCCCUACAGGAGAGAAGAAACGAACUGUCCUUUGUGUCCAGACAUUGGGGCUUGAUGAGCAAGCUUUGCCCGCUGAGGAAUGCCAACAUCUGUUCAAACCAAAGACUCUCCUUUCAUGCAACAGAGAUAUCCUGUGCCCAUCUGACUGGACAGUCAGCAACUGGACUGAAUGUACAGUAACCUGUGGUGGAGGAAUACGGACCCGUAACAUCACUUGUACAAAGAACAAUGGGGAACCUUGUGAUAUUACAAGGAAACCUCAUUCUAAAGCUCUGUGUGGUCUCCAGCAGUGUCCGUCGGCCAGAAGAUUCCUAAUGCCCCAUUUCAAAUUUCUUGGUGGAAAGAUUAUCGGGAGAAUGGGACCUAAUUCUAGAAGAGGUCCUGUAGACAAGUUGCCCACCAUGAAACCAAAUGAAAUAAUCCAGAUAACAACAGAAGUACCUGAGCCCAGAAAUGUCACAUCAAUACCUACAUCGUUUAGUCUUAUAAACGCUUCCCAAGAAGACCUGGAAGCAAAAAUAUUACAAAGUAAUUCCAGUAGCUCAAGCAUUCCCAGGAAUUAUUCCGAUGUAUUUAAUGGCAUCAGUUCACACCAAAAUAGCACUUUGGGGCCCAUCAGAAAUAGCUAUAGAGUCCCAAAUUUUACAAAUGCAGGGAACGUAUCUGACAUACAACCAUACAAUUCUUCCAAAGGUAGUCUAAUAAACAGAGACUCCUUUACUAGUAACCCUAUGCCUUGGGCUGUAACCCCAAGCUCUAAUUACUUAACUGAAGUAUCUGAUGCAGUAUUUAACAGUACCGGUGAAGGAACUAAAGACAAAGCCAAGAAUGAGUUGCCAACAAAAGAAUCCCCUACCAUCACCAGCAAGACCUUGAAAAUCUUGCCAACAACUUAUCCGGGCACUUUUACCCAGGUUUCUGCUAGUCCAGUACGGGUUUCCUUGGCAACAGUAGGCCUCAGCCUUAGUAUACAAACUCCUACACCUGCAAUCAGAGUCCCUAUUACUGUGCCACCAGCACUCUUAGAUGACAUAUUAAGAGUCAAGAAUGCAAACGGAACAAAAGCUACGCUCUCCAUCGAUGAAACAUCCACUCAGCCCACAGAAAAUCUAUUUUUGUCAUACACCAACGUGCCAAAGAACAGGGAUGAUGUUUCCAAGCCAGAUCAUCCUGGAGAGCCUGGAAAUUCACAUACUGGAGCCUACUGGAUGCCAGGGGGCUGGAGUGAGUGUUCCACAACGUGUGGCAUGGGGGCUUUCUGGAGAAUUGUGGAAUGCAGCACCAAGAAUGAAUCUGACUGCCAACACAUUCAAAAGCCUGAUCCAGCAAGGAGGUGCUACCUCCGACCUUGUGCCCAGUGGAAAGCUGGAGAAUGGAGCAAGUGCUCCUCCAACUGUGGAGGUGGUUUCAAGACCCGCGAUGCUCAGUGCAUAGACGUUCGUGACAACAGAAUUCUGAGGCCAUUUCACUGUCAAUUAGUAGAACACAAGCCACAACUGAGCAUUAGUUGUAAUGCAGAGCCGUGCUUGGAGUGGCAUGUGGAGCCCUGGAAUGAGUGCUCUGUUUCAUGUGGUGGAGGUGUACAGCAAAGAGCAGUAAAGUGCAUCAGUAUGGAAAAUAACACAGUGAAGGAGGAGAGCUUGUGUGAGCAGGAGACCAAACCUUUAGACUCCCAGAAAUGCAACCUACAAGAGUGCAUGAGAAUAUCAGGUUUGCCUUGCAGCAAGGACAGAUUGUCAGCCAAUUUCUGUGAACGAGUAAAGGCUGUUGGCAAGUGUUCUAUGCCAUCAGUGCAGAAUCAAUGCUGCUCCACAUGCAAGAGACCCUCGACUGUCAACAAGAGACCUCGGAAUGGCUCAAGCCUGAAACCGUAAUGUGAAUUAGAACUAAGAUUGCCAAAUCAGAAUUCAAGACUAAAGGAUGCUAUAAAAUUUUAGCACCUCGCCUUCCAAAGUGGAACUAUAAUUCAGUGGCCAUUUCAACCUUUCCAACCCAGGACAUCCCCCAUCCUCCAUCCAACUUUUGCAACAUAGGACUCGUUUGGAAAUUUGUGUAUUGCAUUAUUUUUACAUUUAUGAUACAUGACUAUCUUCCUCUGUCUGUGUUUCUCCUCCUCAUCCCUUUCAAAAGAUAGAUUUGAUAUGACGUAUUUGACCUACCUUAUGUCAGGUACGAUUCACCAAAUAGCUUGUUUUAGAGACAACACCAGUUGAAUCCCUUCAUCCCAAUUCAUUGAAGGAGAGCUGCAUGUGGUUUCUGUGCAUGUGACUGAUGCAAACAUAGAAGUGCAUCUGGAUCCACAUCACAGUGGUCAUCCAAGCACCAUUGGACUACUGGGAAUGUGUAUUGAGCGUGUGUAUUGAUUGAUCACACACAGGACUAGUUAUGUGCAGCUGAAUCUGGAUUGGGGUUCUUGGCUCUAAUGUUUCUUAAUUCUGUGUGGCUGUAAUAUUUUGGGACAGUGAACAAUGCUUUGAACUAAGUAACAUGUUUUGAAAAAAUAAGGCAGAAAAGAGAAAUCUAAUCAAAGUCAGUAGCAUGUUAGAUUUAGUCUAAAAAUUAUCCAGGUGCCAUCUUUCCCCUCAAACCACCCAGCACUGGCAAAAUGAAGAACUGUAGAAAUCCAGAUGAACCCAUAAUCUGCUCUCCAAGGUCUUGGGCUUUCUGCUGCUAUCAGAAGUCCUUUAACUUGAGAUGCCGGGAGCUGAACCUGGGACCUUAUGCAUGCAAGCCAUGUGCUUGACUACUGAGCAAUGCUUUCUCCCUUCAUGCCAUGCACCUAAAGGGGACAUGAUACAGAUAAACGCAUGCUACAGCGAGAGCCAAACUCGAUGACAAGAGAUUUAUGAUCAGAUGUCCCAUCUUUACAUUUUUGUUAAAAAAAAAUUUAAAAAGCUACUGGGGGUGAGUCGGGGAUUCAGAUCAUAACUGCAGCAUGGGGAGAAAGGGGUUAACUUCCCUAGCACCACGCCCCUCCCCGUUCCAAUCUGAAGGUAUGCCCCCUCUACCGAACGUUAACAGCUGCUGUAUAAAGAAAUGAGAGCUUCAGUCCUGAAUCUCGUUCAUCUUAUCUAGUUUGGUCCCAAGACUAAAGAUAACCUCAUUCACAGUACACUUCUGAACCCAAUUAUUUUCUACAAAUGAUAGUCCUGCUAAUCCUGGGACUCCCUGUGAGGCGAUAAGCCUCAACGCAGAAUCUGAAACAUGAAAUCCUUCAAGAUUCUUACCUUCACCAGACAUCACUGGAAAUUCUGUAGGCAAAGAGUUGCAAAUCUUGUCUUAUGUAGGAAGCAUUAAUAGAGAACAUAAAGUAAAGUGUGCUGUCAAGUUGAUUUCAACUCCUGGUGCCCACAGAGCCCUGUGGUUUUCUUUGGUAGAAUACAGGAGGGGUUUACCAUUGCUGCCAUCCGCGCAGUUUGAGAUGAUGCCUUUCAGCAUCUUCCUAUAUCUCUACUGCCCAAUAUAGUACCAGCGGGGAUUUGAACCAGCAACCUUCUGCUUGUUAGUCAAGCAUUUCCUCGCUGUGCCACUUAAGGUGACUAAUAGAGAACAUACUCUAAAUUAAUUCAGCUGCUGAUAAAUAUGGUGCUAUUAUACCAUGGUGCUACUCCUUGCAUGGUGCCUAAAAAUAUUGUACAGUUUGUAGAUGUGUUUUUAACCUCAUCCGUGCUGAAACUAUGCCUAGGCAGGGGAUUGCUGUGCAAUGCCUACCAUAAUGCUUCUCAAAUGUUAUAUGGCAUGGGUUCUCAAACGUGGGCCCUUGGAUGAUGUUGGACAGCUCCCAUCACUCCCUGCCACAGCCAAAUAACAUAGUGGCUAAGGAUGAUGGGAGUUGUAGUUCAAAAACAUGCAGAGAUUAUAUCGCUUUUCUAAAACUGCUUUGAUUUGUAAAAUAAGAAUAUUUUAUCACCCCUUAUGAGAAUAAAAAUUAUAUCUGCUGCUUUCAUGUUGAAAAGAA